AUGAAUCAAUAUUUGAAGCAAGCAAUAGAACAAGGCUACAUAGAAUCAAUACGUUACAACUCGUUUUCUGAUAUCGAAGAAAUUAAGCGAGAAUCGAAAAGUGAAGUUUCAAAAGCUAAUUGGAAUGAUACUGGAAAAAUUGUUGCGCUAAAAUCUUUCGAUAUUUACGCUGUGGGAAAUGAUUGUUCUUCAUUUGAUGAUUUUAUUAGUAAGUUUCGGUCAACUCAGACAAUUAGAGAUAGUAAUGUCGUAGAAUUUUAUGGUGUUUGUAGAGUUAGUGAAG